AUGAAUUUGACCAACUGCAUUUGCAAACGUUUAUCGGUGUAUGCUUACUUACAUAUAUUAAUACCCGUAACAAGAUACUUGUCUAAUUACGAUAUUAAACAUACACAAUGUCUGUCUACUUGAUAACCUAGUUUGUGGACUUUUAUUUGGACUUGAAUUUCAUUAUUUUACGCACCACGGCAUAUGGAAAUUCCCUUGUCCCGCCGAAAUAAAUCAUAUGCUAAAUAUCAAUGUAUAUUUCAACCAGGAAGAAUUGAACACGGCUGGAUAUUUCAUUGGAUAUAUUUUAGAAGUGACGUUUGUACAGAGUAGACUACUGAAUGUACCCGUGAUCUAAUUUUAGAUGUUUAUUCAUGGUUGUGUACAUCUUCACAUUUUGUUAAACAAAACUUUAUUUUACGACUGGAUUUUAAAACCAAGAUAACACGCCAAAAAGUUUUGCAUACGUGAUGAAACGUUCUACAAUAACAACAUAAGAAUCGUAGAGAAGAUCUAUCUACUGAAGACAUUUAUAGAGCCCUAUUCUCCGGACAGUUUCACAGACACUUUCUAAAAAUUAAAAUUUACAUUUCAAUGUUAAAUUUGAAACAACAACAACAGACGAUAUUUUGCUUAAAUUCUACCGUUGAAUCAUAUCAAGGAUUAAAUCAAUCAGAUUCAAAGGGAAGAAAGGACGACAGAAACCAUGUAAAGGCGAAGAGUUCAUCAACGAUUUCUAAGCUUUGUGAAAUGGUACUGUUUUAUAGUUUAUUCGGAUACUGAAGGUUGAUUGAAGAACCAAAAUGAGCGACGGGUCAAAUACAUCACAAAAAAUUCUUUUAGAGCCAUUGAAGAAUAUAGGCGCUCAGGACAUAUUAAAAGUCGGCUCUACUUUUGAAGGAGUUUUGCGGAAACGCGGUGGACGUCUAGGAAGUUUAUUAAGCAUGGGCUCGUCUAAAUGGAAACAAAGGUUUGUUGUGAUAUCCCAGGGUUGCGUGUACUGUUUCAAGGACGAGUAUGCCAUGAGGCCUCAAAGCGCUUUCUCUUUGUCGGUAUACGAGAGUGUACAAGAAACCACCGUGCCGAACGUUUUGCACGUGUUUGAGAUUAAACAUGAGGACAGUACAAAAUCGUCACAGCUCUUUGCCAGUGAAACCGAAGCUAAAAAAAAGACCUGGAUCGCAUACAUUCAUGACGCAAUUACUCAAGUACACCAACAUUCCGGAGGCAGUCAAAAAUUAUCCAAUGACAGUGACGAAGGAAUUUCCAUGACGCGGAAAAGCAGAAUGUCACGUGCACCUUUGCCUCCACUUCCGCCAACACCAGAUGACGACACAAAAUACAAACAUAAAACAAAAUCAGAAUACAGUCUGGAAUCUGAUGAUGAUGAAGAAGAUGAGUAUUCUGAGAUAGCAGAGGCUAGAGAAACCCGGAAAAUGCCUAGAGGAGCCGUCGGCGGGGUUCAAGUCAUGCCAACAGCAGGUACUCCUGCGCGACAGGACACCAUGGGCAAAAGACCAGCUAUACCUUUACCGAAAACACCCGAUCAAAUAAAGCAAGCGGAAAAACUUAAACAAGCUGGUAGAAAGGGCUACGAAGACGUUACCACACCGGAGGGCAAACUUCCGGAUUACGUCAACGAGGACGUUUUUAAAGAGGAUGAAUUCUUCUUCAACAGUACGGAUAAGGCAGAGGCUCAUAGGUUGUUGAGUUCUCACCCAAUCGGCACAUUCUUAGUACGGCUCGGAAACAGCACUCCAACGGUGUUGUCUGUUCAAACCCCGCUGGGGAUAAAAGAGUUUCAGAUAGUUGAAAACGAGUCUGGGAAGGUUUCUAUAAAUAGAACACAGUAUUUUCCCGCUUUACAAAAUAUGUUAUGUUUUUACAACCAAAAUGAUCUGCCGAAAAAGGAAUAUACAGUGAAACUAAUCAAAGGAUAUAAUAACAAAUCGUAGCGAUUGCGAAUAUAGUGUAAGGGAAGGAACUCUAGACUUAAUUAAAGCGAACUGUUCCGAAACAAAGAAACUUUGUAUUUAAAAAAAACUUACCGGCUGUGAUUGAAAUAAAAUGUUUUUAUGUAUGUUUUUUAAUGAUUUUAGUGCAUUUAGAUUUUGUGUCAAAAUGUAUUAAAAAUGAGUGUAUUCGCUGCGGAAAAAGAUGAUCAUGUGACGUCACUGUGAGGGAUGCACGUUCAUAUUCGGUUGAGAAAUAUAUUUUUUUUUAUUUUUACAAGAUACAUGAUAUUGAAAUGUUUUUAUUUUAUGACAAUUUGCAAAUGUUUGCACUUUAUAAACAUGCUAUGCGGAAAUUUGCUCGCUAGGACUUAAAAAUAUAUAAAUUUAGAGCGCAGUCAUUAAAUAAAUUGAUAUUCCACAACGUAUUUGAUGACGUCAAAUAACAUUUACCAGACGUCAUACGAAUAGAAGUUAUCAACUUUAGAGUGGAGGCAUCAAUUCUAUCUGUUUUUUGAGGACGUUAUAUAAAGUAUACCAGGAUUUAUAAAGACGUUAACAACUACGGAGUGGAGGCAUCUAUUUAUAUACCCAUCAACGUUUUGAUGACGUCAUAUAAAAUAUGCCUGGAUUCAUAUAGACGUAAACAGCUUUAGAGUGGAGGCAUCUAUCAAUAUUCAACGCUUUUGAUGACGUCAUAUAAAAUAUGCCAUGAUGUAUAUGAAGUCGGCAUCUUUAGAGGGGGACAAUCGAAUAAUGAUAUUCAACAACAACUACUGUUUUAUUACGUCUAACAUUUCCUUACCAUGACAUAUUAACUGAUUUUUUUUACAUCCCAUUGUUUUCAAAAGAUGUAGAUUACUUUCAGUACUGAUAUUCAUUAAUUUUUGCUUUGACUAUCUUUAUAAAUAUGUAUAUAAAAAUCAUAAUUCAUCAUCAAGCUAAAAAUUCGUAAGUAGAACAUUCAAUUGUGUACAUGAUAUUGUACCUGCAUUAUUCAACUAUUAAGUAAUCUAUGUCUUUCAGUCGUGACCUAAAUGUUUAAAAGUGCCAGUAUAACAAUGUGCUUUCUUACAAUUUUAAUGCCAUAUUUUAUGACGUAUGGCAUGACGUCACUUGACGUAAAUAUAAUAAUAUUAUAACCGUUACGGCCAUCAUUUAAAGUAUAUUUGUAAUAUUUAUAAUAAAAUAAACCAUUUUCAACCGAAAUAGAUUUACAUAUACAUCCGUAUCGAUUUAAAUAAAUGCUUCACCUUCUGUUAUUGUAAAUUCUAUUUAUAACACCGUGUGAAAAGCGUUCGUCCUAGAAACUUUCAGAUUCGUUUUAAAGCUCUGUACUAGACUGGUUAUUUAAGCCAGCACAUCUGUGCCGGGUGAUCCCGGUCUGUACCGUUCGCUAUUCAGUCAGUAUAUAUCUUCAAAAUUUCACCUGAUACGAUAAAUGGUUUUGUCUAGAUUGAAAGAUGGACUCGUCUAUUUUAAGAUAUUAACAGUGGUUAAAGUUAUAUGACGCAGCUCGUGAAAGAUCGUAGCUACAAGGCAUUUAUUCUCCAAUUAUAAUAAGAUAUUAUUCUUUUCAUGUUUUAUUACAUUUUUCCUAUUUGUUGUAAGUGCAUCAAGCUUUUGUGUUAAUAUUUACAUACAUUUAUUUACAAAUGUCAUUUGUAAUUCAUUUCUGUUUAAAAGAUAGAAUCUGAAAAAUAUUAUUGAAAACUUU